AUGUACUUUUCCCAAGCCUUAACUCCUAGCUUAAUCCUCGUUAUAAGGGCCACCCAAGCUGCGUAUAAUUGGGGCAAGCUCGAGGUGCCUCGUAGGAUUGGCAUAAGCGUAUCCUCUGGGUCUACUAUCUUUUGCCAAGUGGUAUCGGGCUGGGCCAUGGGGGAUUUCUCGAACCCUUCCUCCAUACCGAGUCUCUGUGGGGCUGACGGCUCGUUCUCCGUUUCUGUUAUCGAGGGCAUGUCAAACUGCCUCGGGUCCGAGCGCGAAGUCGAUCGGGAUGGGUUGACUGCUGGAGCCUCCCUCGCGGAAGAUGCCCUGUUAAAGGAAUACGAGGGCCUGGUCACGUUGACGCCUCGAGUUCUCGCUCUAGAGGGCGGGGCAAAUUUCUCGGGAUCGUUGAAGUGUCCACCUUUGAAGCAGGUGUUCCGAAUGCUCACCAACUCUGCGUAUCCCAAUGGUCUCUUAUCGCGCAGAUCAGAUAACGAUGUCAAAGCUACAAUCCCAGCAACUUUCCGGGAAAUCCACGGAAAGCUGAGUGACGGACUUAAGGAAAAACAGUGGAAGUACGAUAGAACGCCUCUUCCGAAUGCUAGUUGCAGUGGUAAUAAGAGUAAAGAAUCGAUUGUUGUUACUACUGAACAACAUAGGUUCUGUCAGCAGAAAUGUCACAGCGAAUUGAUUGAACGUUGA